GUUUUUUUUUAUGAUCUUAAUGAUUUUUCUUGACUCUGGUGUUGCGGUCAGCAUCGACAUGAUACUUUAAUAUUAAGUUUGUUGGGAUUCCUUCCUAAGAAAAUGCUAACCGAUACUUAACAAAAUUUAAUAUUUUGCGGAUUUUUAGUCCUAAAGUCGGUAUAUCUCGUUGAGUUGUAAAAACCUCCAUUGUGGACUUCAUCUAUUUUGCUAUUAUUAUGUGGUUAUCAUGGUUUUAAUAAUUCGUAUUCAUUACUUUUUAUUUAUAUCCUAAGAAAAUAGUUUCUCAUUCUCAAGUUGAGUUGUAUCUUUUAGGAUAUAAGUAUAUAUAAGUAGGAUAUAAGUUAUAAGUACAUUUGAAUAGGAAGGUUUUGAUUUCGAACUAUUUCAGCUCACUAAUCCAAAAUAUCCACUUGAAAACUAAUCAAGGCUUUUUUAAAGGUUUAUUGAGUAGUUUUGGUAAACGCAUUUAUACAACUUAUCUUUAAUGUUUACUUUCGAAUUCUACGGUAACUAGGAUGUUCACUUAUUUUGUUUUAUAGUAUGAAUAGGACUGCCGGAAACGUUAGUGAACAACUUGAUGAUAUAAUAGUCAUCGAUAGUGAUGUUGACAGCAAGGAUUAUAUUCAUUCAUCCGGUGGCAGUGACGAAGAGGAGGGGUUUGAUUCCAAUAUCGGUUCUACUGAAUUGAAACAAUAUAAACCUGACUAUCCAGUUGAAACAUGUCAUGGUUCUCUAGGAAGAAUUCGUCAGAGGAUGAUGAAGGAAAAGGAAGUGAAUGACAGGUUUAGUUUGAACACGUGUCCUGCUGAAAUAAAGCAAAGAAAAUAUAAUGAUUCUACCAAAGCGUGUAAUAAUUCUGAGGAACAAUUUUGUCACAGAACAGUGGAAAAAGAAGAUACAGAUAGUUCCAAACUGGAUUCAGAUGGAACUCUUCAUCAAUUGAAAUCUUUAAUUCCUGGAUAUCACACAUUUACAAACAUAUAUACAAACUAUAAUUGUUACCAUUUAUGUUUAAUACUAGCCUUAAUUUUAAGACUUGUGUUAGUUAUUUUCUCUGUAUGGCAGGAUACAGUUCGUUGGCCGGACGGCCAACUACGAUUUACGGAUGUGGAUUACGAUGUGUUUUCUGAUGCUGCUCAAGCUUUUGUUGCUGGGAAAAAUAUUUACAUUGAGCGUCCCACUUAUAGAUAUUCACCACUUAUUGCUGUUUUUCUCGCUCCUGGUUACUGGUUAUUUUCUGACGGUAAAUAUCCAGUCACUGAUAGAAAAGAAGUGAAUAUCAGUUCAAAUUUUGUUGACGUAUCAGUAGAAUCACACUUCCGAUCGUCAAAACACAUAACUGUUCCUUCUCUCGCUCGUCUUUGGGGUAAAUUAUUAUUCAUCACGGCUGAUUUAAUCUGUGGUUGUAUACAAUAUAGAAUUAUUCAAGAUAAACAGUUUCUGAACAGUUUAUCAAAUCCAAAUACUGUCAAUCAAAAUAGAAAGAUCCGACGAAGUUCUAUUUCGUUCAAUACAAAUCAAUUAGCAUUAUAUCUUGUUAGUUUUAGUUGGUUAUUCAAUCCUGUUACAUCAGUAGUCUCCGCUCGUGGUAAUGCAGAUGGAUUACAAAGUUGUUUUGUUUUAGCAUGCUUAUGGUGUAUUCUAAACCGUCGGAUCAUCCCAGCUGGAUUUUUAUAUGGGUUAUCUAUUCAUUUACGUAUAUUUCCAAUCAUUUAUGCACCAUCUAUCUAUUUAUGGCUAAUAAUGACUGAUAAUAGUCAUAACAAAGAUAACCAAAAGAAAAACGAAGCAACGACACAACAGUCUCAAAGUGUGUUUUCAAUUUUAUUCAAAUUACCAAAUCGAAAUCAUUUUCUUUUUGGUGUCAGCUGUUUACUUAGUUUGACGAUAUUGACUGGAUUAUGUUAUUUAUAUUUCGGUGGAAUGUUGUUUCUGGAACAAGCUUAUUUCUAUCACUUCACUCGAUCAGAUUUUAAACAUAAUUUUGCUCCACACUUUUUAAGUGUUUAUUUACUCUCUGGAAAGAAAUGGAUAGCUGAGAAACAAACACUGCCUAUAUAUGAUUUACGUCAAUGGUUGAAUAAUGCUUGGAACGAUUUAUCUACUUUGAUAGCUUACUGGGGUGAUAUUAAUAAUGGUGGAUAUUCUUACUCAAUAUGGAAUUUGUUGUUAAAAAAUCUUAGUUCACCUGUGGUUUUGGAGCGUUUAUUUAAUGUGACCUCAAUUAUACCGUGUAUAAUCCUAAUUCCAUGCUUGUCUUUUAAACUAUAUUCCAACAUAAGUCUGUGCUGGUUCGCGCUUACUUACAUGUUUGUCACGUUUAAUAGAGUAUGCACGGCUCAGUAUUUUCUAUGGAGUAUAUGCCUUCUUCCAGUUGCUUUGGCUGAUAUACGUCUACCUUCAAGUAUUACACCAUAUCGUGCUAUAGUACAAAAUUUAAUGUUAUGGUUUGGAUCUCAAGGUAUAUGGCUUGCUUCUGCUUAUGCACUAGAAAUGUGUACAUUGCAAAAACCAUUUCUAAAUCAUAUCAUUUGGAUAAUCGUUUGGAUAGCAUCUUUAAACUUUUUUGCCUGUAAUAUUUUCAUUUUGUCUCGUUUAAUCAGUUGGCGUAAUAGAUCUUUAUCGAACAAUUAUCAAGAAAUUUCAUCAUCAGAAGUUAUUAGUUAUAAGACUGCCGUUUCCCCUAUUAUUGAUUCUACUAUUACUGUAACAACCAAUACUACUACGACUUAUCAGACAUAUCGCAUAUCUAACAAAAAAAUUUUGUGA